AUGAUGACUAAAGUUAUGCAAAGGAGACUGCCCAUAGCUGUUGAGGAAGGCAAAAAAAGGCCACAUGAACCUGUUCAAGCUGCCAAGUUUGCAUCAGAGGCUGGCAUCAUUAUUCGGGAAACCAUGCCUAUCCUAACUCGUUGGAAAGAUUACAAGGACGACCAGAAAUACUACAACAGCUUUGUGUCACAGCUAAAUGGGCGCUUGUCCGUUAACACUGAGGACAAGGCAACAAAGGAAGCUUGCACCGAUAUGCUACGCUCUGCGGUAAAAAACCAGCGUUAUCGGCUCAAGCAGAAAUACUUCAAUGGUGUACCUGCAAAUGAGAUUAGGACAACUUCUCCUGUAUCUUACAUGACUGAUGAACAGUGGAGGGCAUUAGUUGCAAAGUGGUCUGAUCCAAAGAACAUGGAAAUAAGUGAAAAGAACAAGCAGAACCGCAGUCAAAAGCAGAAGAGAAACAGAGAAGAACCCAGCUUAGAUCAGACUGAAGAACUAGAUGCGGUGGACGCCUUCAAGACCUGCCAUACCAGCUCCAAACGUGGCCUGAGUGAACCGGCAAGAGAAGCACUUUCUCAUAUGGAGGCUUUGAGGGAUGAACCUGUUGCUGAAGCAUCUGCAUCUGAGCUGCAACCACUGGAUCUGUCCCAGCCGGUGGAGGAUUUAGAGGUUUCAUUUCUGCUUGCUGUUGUUUAA